AUGACAAUAUAUCUGAUAUUGCUGCUUUUUGCGGGCCCCGUGGUCUUCCACGUUGUAACCCGUUACAACAGAAGGGGACGAAUUUUACGUAAAAUACCCGGACCAUUUGCAUAUCCGUUCGUCGGAAAUUUACUCAAAUUUAACGUUAAUUGUUUACAUGAAUUUUGGAAAGUAGGUCGAGAAAUAACGAAAAAGUACUAUCCUAUAACGCGAUUUUGGCUUUGUAGAACAGCCGUUAUUAGUGUGCUUCACCCAGAUGAUUUGGAAAUUUUAUUCACGAGUCCAAAAUUCAUCGACAAAGGCUACAUCUACGAGUACCUUCACCCUUGGCUGAAAACCGGUUUACUCACGAGUACAGGUAGCAAAUGGCGUCACAGGAGAAAAAUUUUGACGCCGGCCUUUCAUUUUAGCAUAUUAAAAAAGUACAUGGAAAUAACGAACGAGGAAGGAAAAAAAUUCAUGGAUGAACUGAAAAAAGAAAACGAGGACAAGGAAAUCGUAAAAAGUCUCGUGCCAUUUUGUUCGAAAUGUACUUUGAACAUCAUAUGUGAAUCAGCCAUGGGUGUCGGUUUGGAUACGAUCGAUGGUAAAAUUGUCGACGAGUAUAAAAAAGCAGUUCACGACAUGGGCAAUGUUGUUCUUUACAGGAUGCCUCGGCCUUACAUAACAACUUGGAUGAUGAAUUUCGUUUGGAAAAUGGGACGUGUCCAGAGGAACGCCGUCAAGAUAUUACAUGGAUUCACGGACAAAGUAAUACGAGAUCGAAAAGACUACCACAAGCGAACCGAAAACACGUACUUGAAGGAAUUCCUCGAAAACGUUGAAAAGGAUACGUGGGACGAAAUUGACGUUCGAAAAAAGAAACGAUUGGCGAUGCUCGACCUCCUACUGGCUGCCGAAUACAAAGGUCUGAUCGACUACAACGGAGUCAAGGAAGAAGUCGAUACUUUUACGUUCGAAGCUCACGACACCACUGGGAUGGCCAUGACUUUUGCGCUACUGUUACUGGCUGAAAACAAAGAGGCCCAGGAUCUAGCAAGAGCCGAAGUCACCGAGGUGUUGGAUAAAAACGACGGGCAGAUAAAAAUGUCGGACCUACAGGACCUUCAUUACCUCGAAAGAUGCAUCAAAGAAACCCUUCGGCUGUUCCCACCAGUUGCUACCUUAGUCCGUUACACGAGAGAAGAAUUGCAAUUGAAACACGCGCUCAUACCUGCUGACUCGCACAUAAUGAUACACUUGUACGAUACGCACAGGGAUCCGAACUUUUGGGCGGAUCCUGAAAAAUUCGACCCCGACAGAUUUUUAUUCGAACGGAGCAAGGACCGGCAUCCCUUCGCGUACGUGCCAUUUAGCGCGGGACCGCGUAACUGCAUAGGCCAAAAAUUUGCCGUGAUGGAAUUGAAGUCUUUGAUCGGGCGGAUCUUGUACGAUUUUUACUUGGAACCCAUCGACCGAACGAGCGAUAUCAAAUUGAUGGCGGAUAUCGUCCUAAGGCCCCUCGAUCCAGUUAGAAUUAAAUUAAUCAAAAUAAACAAAUCUUCCAACUGA